GACAGUUGACAUUACCAAUCCCUUACGUUUUUCAAAUGUCAAUUGUGUUAAAUAUGAAGUGUGUGAUCUAUAGUAGCAUAGUAAUUUCGAAAUUUGAAAUUGGUCUGGUUUUGAAAUUUUAUUUUCACUUGCAGCUAAAUAAGUAAAUAGUCUGUUGCAUUGAUAAUUCUAAAAUUUUAUUAGGACAAUGAAAUCAAUUUGUUUACUUAAGAAAGUUUUUGUGAUGGCUAUAUUCCUUUGUACAUUUUUCUUAGUGUUUUUCUGGGCAAAUAUGCAAAUUUUAAACUUGAAUGGAGUAGACACCGCCCUGAUAUCAAAAAUGAGGCCACUGCAUGUGAAGAGCAGAUUGUGUCAUGUUAAUUUAAUUGACGGCAGAAAUCAUAACGAAGCUAUAGCGAAUAAGAGCGAUUUGAAAAUGAUAUAUUACAUCACGCCGACUUAUCCAAGACCAGAACAGAUUCCAGAGUUAACUAGGCUUGGCCACACAUUGAUGCACGUGCCUCGGAUACAUUGGAUCAUUGCAGACGACCAGUCUUUGUGUUCAACCAAUGUUCUCAAUUUACUUAGGCGGACGGGCUUGCCAUUCACACAUAUUUCCAGUCCAAAGCCAUACGUGUACAAAGGUACAAACUUCCCGCGUGGCGUUUCGAACAGACGUGCAGCCCUGGUUUGGUUGCGGGAGAACGUUCGAGAAGGAGUCAUGUACUUUGGCGAUGACGAUAAUACAGUAGACUUACAGCUAUUCGAUGAAAUAAGGCGUACCAAGAAGGUAUCCAUGUUUCCCGUAGGGCUCAUUGGUGAUUACGGUAUUUCGGCGCCCAUCAUCAAAGACGGAAAGGUCGUCGCCUUUUUCGACUCAUGGCCGGGGUCUAGAACAUUCCCUGUCGAUAUGGCAGGAUUCGCUGUCAACAUAGAGUUCCUGACUCCGACGGCCACAAUGCCUUACUCAGCUGGCCACGAGGAAGAUAAGUUUUUAAUGAGUUUAGGAAUAAAAUUAGACGACAUUGAACCGUUAGCCGAUAAUUGUUCAAAGGUUUUAGUUUGGCACACGAAAACUGUAAAGUUUAAAAAACCCAACCUUAAAAUCGAUAUCGAAAGAAUUAGCAAGUUACCGAAGUACGAGGAUUUCGCUAAUCUUUUAAAAGAAACUUCUAGGUUAGGUAUGGCCGGAAUAUUCUCGAAAAAUGGUAGUAAAACUUUCAUAAUUAAAGAUAGGAAGACCUUUGAACCCUUAAGCCUUCUGCCCACUUUGGUAUAAAGCCUUAAUUUUUAAGUGUUAGUAUUAUGAAAAGAGUUCGUGCAUACUCUUUGUUGCGUCUGUGAUGUUUAUCAUGUUUAAUGAAUUAUGUUUUAAAAUAUCAAGAACUCUUUUUACUAAAGAAAUAUAAUCCAAAUAACUGAUCGUUUACGCUAAGCAGGCAUUUACACUGCUUAAUUCACAGCUAGUAUUCGUGGUAAUUAAAAUAAAAUAUUGUCCUUAACUAUUUUUCAUCAACGAAUUAUGCUGUAGAAUUAUAUUUCGUAUAAUAUAAAACAUAUAUGAAUCCAACGAAAUUAUAGGGCCUUACUUUACUGAUUUACCAAUUGAAUGUGUCUCGUACAUGACUUGAUAAAUGGCAAACAAUAAAAAUAAGAUCAAAGUUUAUGAAACGAAACGGUUCAAAUCUAGUACGAAAUUGACUGUUGACUUGCUACGACAGUUUAAUGCAUGCCACGUACUUAUUAUGAUUUUUUUAAACUAUAAGACCUAAUGCUAUACAUAAAUACUAAGUUCGUUUUCAACAAACGGUGUUAGUUUUUUAAAAAAAAAAAAACAAAAAAAAAAAGAUUUUCCUCAAACAAUUAAUCUCAACGUCCAUACAACUUUAGGUAGGUACUAUGUGUUUUUUUUAGCGCUGAAUACAAAAAUUGUAAUUGGAAAAGUAUUCGAUAAGAUACGGUCGUGUGCCAUAUUAAAAAUAAGAGUAGGUAUACGAAACAUUUGUAAAACAAACAUCUGUCAGAUUCGUUCGUAUCAGCAAAUGUUAUGUUCAAAGCUGAGCUUCAUGUCGUAAACGUGUUAAAUUUCCCGAUAAUUAUUAAUUUUAAAGAUACGAUGUAAAUUUCAUCAUGGUAAUGGCCAUGAAAUUUAUAAAUUUUUGCAAUAAAUAUGGACCAAAAAAUUAAAAAUAACUAAGAAAUGUGGUAAAGUGUAGAACUAAUUAAGUUGCUAUAAAUUUCGAUCCAAAUGAUGGUAUUACGUAGUUUAGAUUAGUAAUAUAAUGCUUACCCGGAAAUGUCGAAAUGUACGUAUUGGAACAAAUGUGAACUGAAACCACGUCUUGGAUGGCCAUGAUUAUUACUAACUCAGUCUUAAAUAAUGCUGCAAUAACAGAAUGGUAGAAUACUCUGAGAUUCUCGCUGAAUCUUCUCAGUGCGUUGCGUUUCCGAUCCGGUGGUAGAUUCUGCGAAGCACUGCUUUUGCUAGAGCCAGUGUUAGCAACACUUCCAGUUUAAGCCCCGAGAGCUCACCUACACGCUAGGGUAACACUGAAAUAGCCUCUCAAGGCUAUCAGCAUAGGAAGAAAACAAAAACUGUAAAUAAUUUUUAUUUUAUUCCCCAAGGAAUUAUUGGAUAAAAGAAUAUUUCCGCCCUAUUAGCCUCCUCCUCGUGAUAGGCAAACUAUAUGAACAGCUGAUUAAUAAACUCCUCUGUGACUUUAUCACUUUGAAAGGCAUCCUCAUAAACAAACGCUCUCUCCCGUGUGAAAUCUUGGCCGGAAUCUCCGCUCUUUUCCUGCUACUUUUUAGCUUUUACAUUAAUGUCAUACUCCGGCGACCCAGUUAACCCUCUUCGCGAAUGAUAGACCUAUUUAGCACUCGUCAAAAAUGUCAUUCACCCACAGUAAACUUCAGAUCGCGGCCACCAAUUUAGGGCAGUGGUUUCGGAAGUGGAGCAUCGACAUCAACCCCACGAAAACACAGUGCUGUUCAAAAGGGGUCGCCCACCACUGCUAGUACAUAUUUCGACUUCUUAUUAGACGUGGUACCUCAAUUGACGCCAUCAUAAUCUCGGGCCAGCCAAUACCGUGGGCCUCGAAGGUCAAGUACCUAGGCGUUAUCCUCAACAGCGGGACGACAUUCCGUUCACACAUUAGGACAGUCCGCGACCGAGCCGCUUUCCUACUCGUCAACUCUACCCCGUGACUUACAAGCGAAGUAAAUUGAUUGUUCCUUGGUAAGAAGGUGACACUCUACAAAACUUGCAUACGCUUGCAAGACCCAUGCAGGUGUAAGUCUUUACAGGUCAUCCAAUCCUUGAUUCUGCAGGAUAGCCGUUUGAGAAAACCCACUGAGUUUCUUGCCCGAUUUUCUCAGUGGGUUUCCGACUCGUACAUUUCAGUGACUUUAAAUCAGCCGGGCCUCAUGCUAAAAUGAAUAUUGAGGCAAUAUAAACAUUCCAAUGUAUCUACAUAUAGUUGUUAUCUCUUUAUUCCUAACUAUUUAUUAGUCAUGGUUUUAAGAAAAGAUCCUAAAAUAGGCACUUAUGCCUACAACGACCAUAACAUAGCCUAAUAUGUUCCAAAUUGAUAUCCUUUCAUAAUUUAACGGAGGGCAUUAUCAAUUUCUCUAGUUCUAUCAAGUACUAAAAACAAGAAAAAUUAUUACGAUAUGAAAACAAAGCUAAACGUAAUUAAAAAAAAAGGAAUUAAUCAAAUACAUUCCAUUGUUCCGAUGCCUAAUACUAAAAAUUGUAAGAAAUCUAACCAUUAGCUAAAAGCGAUUUUAUGAAUUGAAAAUUGAUACAAAUGACCACUUAAUUCAUAAAAUAUAGUAACCGGCAAACAUCGUGAGCAAAUGACCUUGACUGCGCAGAACCGAAUUUUAGAUCACUUUGGUGGUGAGGGUGAGGCGCGACGGCAGGGGAAAUCGUAUCGAGCGCGUUAUUGGUAGAUCAGUCGAACCUUGCGUCCCGCACCGCGCCUUCGUUCCGCUUGCUCCCAAAAGUACGCUUGCGUACAGUGAAAAGUCUAUCGUUAUUAAUCGUUAAGUUAUAUUUUGUUAUAAUUGCUUGUUGACUUUGUUGCCAUUGCUAUUUGUUGAGUGUUUGUUGAUUUUUUAUUAAAAAUACACUAUGCCGCGACAAACUGGUGUAGUAUUCAAAAGAAAGGGUAGAAAAAUUGUGUACGACGUAUCUUGCUUCAUUAUAAAACAGGGGAAGAAUGAUAUUAUGGAAAAAGUAAAACAGACUUCGGAAGCAACAAAAACAUCAGUGAGUACUGUUAGGUGCAUUAUUAACGAAGCUAAAGGCUCUGGCUUGCUCAUCGUGCUCGGGACUCCGGGUAAGAAAAGAUCAGGGAAGAAGAAAGUUACCGGAAUGGAUAGUUUCGUUCAAUCUGUAAUAAAAAGAUGUAAUCAUAAUAACUACAUAACAAGCAGCGAAACUCCGUACCGUAGAAAGGCUUCGAAAAUUUUAAAGAAGAUAUACAUUUUAAUGGCUCGGAAUGAAGUUUACGACGAAUUAUGACAGAGCUAGGCUUCAGAUGGAAAAAAAAAACAGAAAAUAAUCGGAAGCUGGUAAUUGAAAAAAGUAACAUUUUAUUACUACGAACCGAAUAUCUUCAAAAAAUAAUUAAUUAUAGACAAAAAAGAAGAUCGAACCGACCGAGUCGUAAACUACACCGAUGAGCCCUAUGUCGACUUAUCACGAUGAUGGCGACUCGGGUGAUGAAAACAGUGAUGAUGAUAAUGGUCAAGAUUAUGAUAACGAAAAAAAAAUUACAAAUACCAGCUUCGCUUCAACUGAACGAAGACCUGGCAACAGCUCUAGUUUUGACUUAAUAGAAGGAAUAUCUAUUUUACCCCAAGAUUAAAUUAUUACAAUUAUUAACCUAUAUUUUUUGUUGAUGUUCUAAUAAAUAUAUAAAUAAAUACAUAUGUUGAUUUUAAUAAUUUAAUUGCAUUAUGACGCAGAGUAAAUAAUGUUUUUGCACGUGAGUGUACCAUGCGCAAACUUACCCCCACUACGUCAACAAAUGCUCAAGAAGUUUGCCGGUUAUUAUACUAACUAGUUCAUUACUCGCAAACAUGCGUAUGUUGGAGCCAAAGAACAUUUUAAACCAAAUCCAUAGCAUUUAUAUAAUUAUUGAAGGCAAUUUAUUAUUAAAGAAACAGUGCAAUAUUGAAAUCAUCAACAAAAAUAAAUAUAGUAAAAAUAUUAAUCAUUUAAUCCAGCUAAAUUGAAUUUUUAUUAUAAGGAAAUGUUUGUUGUUGUUUUAUCAAGGUCUUGGUAAAUUAGCAAAUUAUUACUAAAAGUACUUCAUCUACAUUAACUGCGACAGAAUCUAAAACUGCAUGUACAAUUGAUUAAUUAUAAUCAAUUUAGAUUACAAAAUGGUAUCUUUCAUAACUUUUAGUUUACGUUCUUUGUUUUAUUUUAUGUGUUUUCGAUGUGUGAUGUUUGAACUCCUACUUUUAUAUGAUUAUGAGUGCUUAACCAAUAAGUAGUAGUUUGAAAAAACAAAAAAAAAAACUCUUUUGUCGGAAGUCGAAUUCAAUAGUAGAAAAAGAAAAAAACCAACUUCUUCAACCACUGUAUGUAUUGUUAUCAGUCUUUGAAUAGUGUACUAAAUUAUUAUUUAAUCUAACGUUCUGAAGUGUAAGAAAAUCGCGUUCAAAGAUUACGUAACGUAACGUAACAUACAUAAAGGCGAAACUAAAAAGCGUGUUAAAAAUUUAAGAAAGCCACAUGAAUAUGUUUUUCAUGUUUUUUUUUGUGUACAGUAAACAAUAACUAUAUAAUUAUGCAAUAGCACUAUAACGCUCUCGUAUCUCGUAUAAUCAUCGGAAGUGAACCAUUGUAAUGGAGAUUGUAAAUUGCGUAUUUUGACUAGGUACAUGAAAUUAAUUCAGAUCACUUAUAUUUGGCUUUUAUCAUUUAAUUUUAAUAAAUUCGACCCACAAACUUUUGCAGGUGUAUAACAUUGUAAAAUACAUAACACAUAACAUUGUACAAUAUAUCUUAGCAAAUAAUUGAAAUAGGAACAAAGUAACGUUCUAGAGUUUGGUCUGGGUUUCGUAGACCAUACUGCCAUAAAGAUUUUUAUCAAUGACUAUCAAUUAAUGACUAUAAUUGUACAUAGUAGUCAAACCAUAACUAAUAAAUCAUAGUGAAGACCCAUGUCGUACUUAAGUGUAAUAAUACACUAGUAAAAUUUUAAAAUUCUUGAUACUAAGUAAUUUAUUAAUAUGAACAGAUCAAAAUAUAUUUAUUAAUUUAUACACAAGUGUAUUUCUAAUAUUGACUAAGAUUAAACUGAAUUAUUUGUUAUUAAAAAAAAUUAUGAAAAUUAACAAAUUCCGCGACAAUUUCACAGAAUUUUAACGAUUUUUUUAUCGCCUGUUUUAAACUCUGUUUCAGUUUGUUAAGUUAAUUACGAAAUCAGUUAAAUAAUGUGAUGCAUGAUAGUUUAAAUAUUAAAAGUUAUAAAAAGGAACCAACGAAAUAGUACAAGCGACAUUAAUAAAAAAAUGUAAAAAUGGGCCAUCGCGGGAAUGCUGGCAGAUGUGAAACAUUGAUAUUAUUUUGUACAGGUAUACAUAAAAGUAUAGUUCACGAUAGGGAAUUCAUGUGGAAAAUGAAAAAUAAAAUAAUAUUUUCAUAUUAAGAAACAGUCGCUUUUGUACGCACUAUUACAUAUUAUUAAAGACUUUAGUUAAAUAUAAUAUAUCAUUUAGCGCGGCAACGCGUCGCCAUGGCAUGCUUCGUCAGCCCAGCAAUCGGUUUUACGUGCGAUUAUAGAUGUUUCACAUGAAAAAACAAAUACUGUUGCAAGCGGUACCUAGAAGUAAGACAGUAUCGGAAAAACGGGAGGUGCGAUUGCCUGCAAACCUCCACAAACAUUAAAUGUAAAAUUGAGGCCAUCAGCGUAAAAGUGGCUUAACUAAUCCACAAUUUUUCAAAAUUGGUGCUUCUAAAUUGCAAUUUAUUUGAAACAAAAUAGAUUUUGACGCAAAACCGGGGUAUCCCUAGUUUCAGCGAUAGAUAACAGAUGGCUUUGUAAACAUUGUUUUCGCGCGUGUUGUUUUUGCCUACGAAGCAGUGUUGUAAAAGUAAAUUCAAACCUCGAUAUCUCCGUACUAACUAUGGUAAGCUUAGGCCACUUUUGCGCUGACGGCCUCAAUUAGCCCACGUACGAUAUAGCGUAUCUACAUGUAAAGCAUUCUGUAUCUUUUGAAUCUCUAUUUCAUAUUAGUUUUAGGUAAAGCAUUCUGUAUCUUUUGAAUCUCUAUUUCAUAUUAGUUUUAGUCUUAAAAAAAUGCGCUAAGAGAUUAUCUAUCGAUAAUAGAUAUACACUGUACACAUCUAUCUAUUUAUGUCAAUUUUAACUCUCUCUCGGAUUCGGUUAUCAUUGCUGAUUAAACUUACAGGUUUUAUAAUUACUUAGAAUAAGCAAAAUAUUAUUACUAUUGUUGCACAAUAUUGGUACUAUUGUACUGUAAAGUUUAUUGUAACUUUAGUUUGAAUUGUUGCUGUGAAUUGUAAUUGAAUAUUUCAUAUAGUCGAGGUAUUUAAUUUCAAUACUUUUAUUUUGUUUAUUUAUUUGUAAAUAUUUUAGUAUUUAUAUAACAAAGUAAAUAACAACCCAAGUGAUAUUUUAAUGCGACUAAGAUUUUAUAGAAUAACUCCGUCCAUUGCAUCUUUGUGUUACCAUUAAAAUAAAUAUAUUAUUUUCAAAAUACAUUAAACCUUAAUAAUUAUAAUAAAGUGUAAUAUAAAUUAUAUUAAUGUUACUAUUUACAAUUAUAGUUGUAUAAUUUAUAAAAAAAAUGCGAAAAAUUACAAAUCCCAUAAUUCUAGAAUCGAAAAUUUUUUUAUAACCUGAAACACGAUCUUAAUAUGAUUUUAAAUUACCUUUAUUCUUUAUGUCUACGGCGCAAAUACCUCCGACAGGACUCAUGAUAAUUUAAUUGCAUUAAACAUUUAAUUGUAUUUGCAGUGCUUUUAUUAUUAAUAAAUAGGUUACAAAAAAAUUAAUAAAUGAUGUUGUUGUGUUGUCUCAUCAUGACAUUUUGAAUUAUAAUUUACAACGACAAGCAGUUCUCUAUUUUAUGCCUAACAAUGUUACCAAAAUGAGUACUUUUAUCUAAUAAAUUAGACAUUCAGUUUAUUAAAAUAUUCAGGCCUAAGUGUACUGAAUAUCGAUCGAUAUUUUCACCCAUUGGGUAUCGAUUAUUGCGGUACCUAUGUAAAUUUUGGACAAUAGACAAGAUAACAUAAACAAUGGAUAAACAUAAAGAUAAAUUGUUUUUGUAAUGAAAGAAUAUUUUUAUUAUAUUAUGUGUUUUUUUUCUUUGUUAAACAGUUUGUGUUAAAUUUAAAAAGUGGUUUUUAGAUUAACACGUAUUACAUUUGUAUACUGAUGUUAAACUAGUUUUCAAUACUUUUUAGCUUGGAGCCGUUUUCCAAUUACAGCACAAGAGCGCAUUUGGCAGCGCAAUUGGAAAACUACCAUUAAGUAAUGGUUAAUUACAGAGCAUAAUGCGACUCAGUGACGCACAAUGCCGAAUUAUGCUGAAGCUUAGUUGAGCAUUAUGCCGCAUAAUGCGCUCUUGUGCUGUAAUUGAAAAACGGCCUAUGCAGUAAGAUACUGCAUUGUCUGCAAUACUUUUAAAAUCACGAAGCAAUAAGAUUCUGCCUUAAGGUGUGUGUUGCCUUAAUAUAUGGAACAUAAUCGACAUAGUUUUAAAUAAAAAAGAAAUAAAUUUAAUUUCGUGUUUAAAGACUUCAUAUUUACAUUGGACAUAAAUAAAACGGAAUGUUUAAUGCAGAA